UUUUUCUAUUUUAACAUCUUAAAUUAUUGUUGUCUUGCUGGUUUUGCGUUUUGAGACAGGGUCUCUGUCUACAUAGCCCUGACUGCCCCGAAACUCACUAUGUGGAUCAGGAUAGUCUGGAGUUAACAGAUCUUCCUGCCUCUGCUGGGAUAAACAGGCCCAGGUCUAUUAUAAUUUUAAACAGCCAUAUUGUAGCUGGAUGUUUUCAUAAAGUCUAAACUGUAAACUACAAGUCAACAACCUUGGACUGUGUUCAUCACCCCAAAGAAAACUUCUGAGGAACGUAGUUCAGAGCCGGAGCAUUGCACUGCCCACCACCUGUCCCCACCCCAGUCCUGGGCUGCGAUCAGAGUACUGUCUCUAUGGUUGUCUAAUUUGCAUGCUGUAUAAACGGAAUCAAACAGUAUGUGACUAGCUUCUUUGGCCAGGGAUUUGUAAGGCUUGUUUGGGACUUGAGAGAAUUGCAUUCCUUUAAUGCUAAAAAAUGCAUAACUGUUUGGAAACCUAUUGCAUAUUUUUAUUUUUCUGUUGAUCAAGACCUUCCUAAGUAUUUUCCAAAGCACUCCUCCAACUGCCUAUCAGUGUGAUUUUUUUCCUUGGGGUAGCUAUUCUCUUUCACUGUCUUUGUGCCACUACUAUGGUUCAUUACUAUAGAGGUUUCUUUUGUUUGGCCUUUUGAGACAAUGUCUUGCUACAAUAGUCCAGGCUGGCCCCGAAUUCAAGGUCCUCCUGCUUGUGUGUUCCCAGACACUGGGAUCAUAAGAGUGUGUGACCACAUCUGACUUGCAUUGAUUUCUGUUGUUUUGUAGGUUAGUUUAGGCUCUAAUAGCAUCAUUUAUUUUAUUUUAUCUUAGUUUGUUUUAUUUCACUUCAGGACAGGGUCUUACUAUGUAGCCAUGACUGGACAGGAACUUUCUAUGUAGGUCAGCUGGCUUCAGACUCACGGAGAUGGGCCUGUCUUUGCUGGGACUAAAGGCAUAUGCCACCACCCCUGGUGAACAGUACCAUCUUAAGAUACUGGCUUCUGAUGCAUGACCACGGACCUUGGCCUAUCUCAAACAGCCUCCUCCAUUACUUAGACUACUGCAGGGUGUGAGUGUCUGUGGCUCCUGGGGUUGCCUGUGGCCAGUACUGAACAGGCUCCGGUCCUGUCAGCCUCUCUGCUUUCCAGCUGCUAAGUGUGCAAGCAAGACUGUGCACGCCCAACCUCUGGAUGGUGCAUGGAGGCUUGUGACAACCUAGCGUCAGGCCUAUGGAACCCCAGGCCGACACACCCAGCAGCCAGUCAGUGGAGAGCUGCACCUUGGAUCUACCGACAGCAUCUGUCCUCAGAGGUCAUGAAGCAUCCCAGGGAGCCAGCAGCAAGUCUCUGAGUUCCCUGGAAUCCCAGGCUUUCCCUUCUUCUUUGACUGCUGAUCCAGAUAGCAGUUCUCUAAACACUGAGCAAAAGGGCUCCUGGGACUCUGAGAACUUCUGGCUUGAUCCUUCUGUGAAAGGCCAGUUGGAGACCGGUGAAGAGGAGGGUGGACUUCGGAAAUCGCUGGACAGCUUCUAUGAAGCAUUUGCCUAUCCACUGCCGGGCUCUGGGGAUCAGCUCUCUGCACCUGUGUGUCAGUGCCUAUCUCAGACAAUCUCUGAACUUGAGGGCCAGGAGAGCCAAAAGUAUGCUCUCCGCAGUUUCCAGGUGGCCCGAGUUGUCUUCACCCGGGAUGGCUGCUCUAUCUUACGGCGGCAUUCCAGGGAAACCCGCUUCUACCCUCUGGAGCAAGAAGGCAGCUCGGUGGAGGAAGAAGAGCCCACCCCAGGACUGUCAAGAGAGGUCAUUCAUUUCCUCUUGAAGCAGACCAUCAUGAAAGACCCAUAGCUGGUACUCGUGUCAAAGUCUGGAGGGGAAAUGCUGUAACUUGGCACUCAGAGUCCCUGAGGGGGUCUCCUGGCAGCUUCCUGUUUCCAGCCAUUAGCUACAAGCUUUGCAGGUAGAGGCUGGCACCAGCGACCUGGUGAUGGAGCCAGUAAGCCUAUAGAUGUACCAUCCUACCACUCACCUUGGCCAAGGCUGCUACUGACUCAACUGGGGUUCAGUCCCAGCCCAGCUUCCUUGCCUCAGUCUGUGUUCCAGAGUGCUCUCCUGGGGUCCAGGCCAGGGCUGGGACUUGGGCAGGAAAUCAUUUCCUCGCCUGGCUCAUCCCUCCUCCCACUCACCUCCUGUGCCUCUGGGGUCUUUUCUUAAUAAACCUUUAUAUCUGCACCAGUCUACUCCUGAGAGAACAAGGCUCAGAGCACAGGCUUCUGGGAGAUGAGUGUUUUGAGGAUACACAUUUCUGUGCUGAAUCAAGGGUAACAAUUAUACAGAGUUGUAAAUGGGGACCAAUUGAUUGGCCUGAAGCAAUGUACAGACAUAAAAACACUUCCAGAUACUACAUUACAUCUUAAUCAUACCUUUGGCUCCUCUCCAAAACCAGAAUUCCCUGUCUGUAUUGACAGUGAGGAAGGAACAUUCGGACCAUCCACAAAGCUAAAAUUCACACACAAAGGGGCUUCGUCAUCUCCACUAGAUUGCAGGGUGGAAGGUGAGGAGACAGUGCUGGACCAUCCACUCAGGAUAUGGGAGCACAGGUCUGACAUGUAAAGGUGGCACUGUGUAACCUUGCCGAUUUGUGUGUGAACGGAAUAAGGAAAUGCUUUGCCAGGCAGCUUUUCCCUCACCGUGUUAUUCUUGCCCUCCGUCCACCGCCAGCACCCUCUGUCAUCCUCUGAGGCUUGCCCCUCCUUCCUGCCCUGUUCUUGCCUCCAGCACCCUCUGUCAUCCUCUAAGGUUUGCCCCUCAUUUCUCCAGCACCCUCUGUCAUCCUCUAAGGUUUGCCCCUCAUUCCUGCCCUGUUCUUGCCUCCAGCAUCCCGAGCUGCAGUGCACAUGCUUGCCCAGAGCAGGGCUCUGCUGUCACCUGUGCCCGUCCUCCAGGCAGGUGCACAGCCUGAUGGGGAGCUCUGUAAAUAGCUAGUUCGGGCUUGCACUGGCAGAUGCUCCACUCUGUGGGUUGCGUCCUGAGCCCCAGUUUGAGAAUGACGUCAGCUGGCACCAGGAACUCUGAAACAGUAAUUGGAAGCCUCAUAGAGUUCCUCAAGCAAAUUACAUCAGUAGAAAGGCUUAUUUCCCUCGUUUGGAGGAAUAGCAAAAGUUGGCAACACUGUGCAGUUGGAUUCUUUGAGAAACUCGAGGUGAAGUUUAAUUGGCAUGAGACUCCAAAGCUUUUCAGAAAGUGGUUUAUGCAAAUGGGGCAGCCAACAAGUACACACUGAAAGUCAGUACAUCGGAGAGUCUCUUGGGGACUCUUGAAGGGAAAGAAGCUAAAAAGAAAGAGUGGUGUGAGCAGGCUUCCGGUUCAGGGAUGGUCUGAGGUGAAAGACUUCUACAUGGAAAUGUCAAGGCACAUGUGGAGGGGGUUCCACACGGUAGGAAAUCACAUGAAUAGGACCUUGGGAGGUGCUCACAAAUGGGGCUCAGCUUUCUCUCUCACGGGCAUCAUCUAAUGCUCCCUCCUGUUCAACAGUCCUUCCAAUAAUCAUGAAACUGGUGCAAUUUCAAGCCCAAACCUUUAGGUUAGAUGUGAAGGUUGCUGGUUUUAUUGUUUUAACAUGAAGCAUACCAGUAGCCACCCUUGAAGAAUGGUGAAAAUCAUCCAGCUACAGGGACACUCACAAUUCGUCUCCAUGACUAUCAACAGAGGGGAUCUGGGUUACUCUAUGCUUGCUUUUAAAGGACAACAAAAAAGCUAUUUGAAUCUUCGUGUUGGGAAGUAGUGGCUUCUAUUUGGAAGGGAGAUUUUAAUAUCAGGGAAUGUCUGAGCUGUACUGAGAUCAGUCCUGGAGGUGUUUGGCGAGAGGAAGCCCCUGACAGUGGAGAAUGUGGGAGAGUAAAAGCCAGGGUUGCCCUGGGGCAGCACCGAGCGUGGUGUGUGUUCACUUAGAUCUGAGUAAGUGUUUGUGACAGGCCAGUACAAGACAUUUGAUUCCCUGUGGUCUUGCCCCUUAAUUUGAUUUCUGUGAGGAUAGAGAGGCAUUUUCCAUUUACCUCUGUGAACCUUUAAUAAAGACUAAGAUAAGAAUACUGCA